GAGCAGGAGCCGGCGAGCUCCCCGUGGCGCUGCAGCCGCUGCCCGGCUCUGCGCGCCCGGUCCUGCGCCGGCGGGGCGGACCCAGCCGCAGCCGGGAAGGCUCCUCGCCCCGGCUUCCUCCCCGGGCGGCCCGCCCCCCCGAUGCCGAGGCAUGGCUAGCGCUGCCGCCGGGCCGAUGGUGGCGCGGAAGGCGCGGCGGGGCGGGGAGGCGGCCGCGGCCGGCCGGGCGGGGGCGGGCGCGGCGGGACCCCCGGCCGGCCCGCGGGCCGCCUUGCAGCAGUGCGGGCAGCUGCAGAGCCUCAUCGACAUCUCGCUGUCCAGCCUGCGCGGGCUCCGCACCAAGUGCGCCGCCUCCAACGACCUCACCCAGCAGGAGAUCCGGACCCUGGAGGAUGGUACCUGCCCGUGGCUCUGGAAAACAAAGGCUCAGGAGCCGUGUGGAAAUCGGUGUCCUACGAGGCCGUUGAAUGCAAAGGUGAAACUGGUCCGGUACAUCAACAGACAGCGGCAGUGUAAGCUGAGCGUCCCCCUGAAUGACCGGACAGUGGAGCUCAACAGCUACCCAAGAUUCAAUGACUGGUUAGACCUAGUCAAUGUAAAGAAAGAAGUUGUACAGAGAAUCCCAGAGGAGCUAACCCUAGAUGUCUUACUGGAUAUGAAUGAGUCCAAGGUGAAAGAAACCAUGAAGAAAUGUGGGGCCAGUGAUGAGGAGUGUUCCAGACUCAAUGGGGCUCUCACCUGCUUAAGGAAGGUGACCGAAUCAGGUGGGGAGUUAAAAGAAGAUCUGUUGUGGAAUCCUUCUGAUGCGCGCCGAGAGAGCAGCUCUGCACACCCUGCAGAACCCUCCUGUCUGCCAGGACCCACGUGGACUCAUGGCAUACUGCAUCUUUCAAAGGGCAACAGCCAGCAGGUGCGCUCUGUGUCUGUGUCUGCUCUACCUUCUUCGGAUUCUCUUGCCUCGAGCCAAGGACCUUCUAGCUAUUCAGACCACUUCCUGGAACCGUUAGCCUUCCCCACCCACAGUGGUCGGGUAGUAUUUAGGACUCCUCACACCAUCACCAUCACACCGCCGACGACACCUCAGUUAAAGAGGCGGCACAAAUUGAAACCUCCACGGACUCCGCCUCCGCCUUGCCGGAAGGUCUUUCAGCUGCUACCAAACUUUCCAACGCUCACAAGAAGCAAGUCCCAUGAAUCACAGCUGGGCAACAGGAUAGAUGAAGUUCCUCCUCUAAAGUUUGAUUUCCCCCAGGGAUCCCCUCAGAUGGUACGAAGAGACAUUGGCAUAUCCGUAACACACAGAUUCUCUACAAAAUCUUGGUUAUCUCAGAUGUGCCACGUGUGUCAGAAAAGCAUGAUGUUCGGUGUGAAGUGUAAGCACUGCAGAUUAAAGUGUCAUAACAAAUGUACUAAAGAGGCCCCUGCUUGCAGAAUAUCUUUCCUUCCCAUAGCAAAAAUAAGAAGGACGGAGUCUGUCCCUUCUGAUAUUAAUAACCCUGUGGAUAGACCUGCAGAGCCACAGUUUGGAACCCUUCCAAAAGCACUAACGAAAAAGGAUCACCCACCAGCAAUAAACCAUCUAGACUCCAGCAGUAACCCAUCUUCUACGACCUCCUCCACGCCGUCUUCUCCAGCACCUUUCCAAUCUUCCAAUCCUCCCAGCGCAACGCCUCCCCCAAAUCCCUCCCCCAUGGGCCAGCGGGACUGCCGGUUUCACUUUCCAGCUGCCUACUACAUUCAGCAUAGACAACAGUUUAUCUUCCCAGAAAUUCCCAGUCCCCCACAAGUAAUGCAGCCACCUGAAACAGCUGAAGACACUAAUGCUGAUGAACAGCUGGACACAGAGGGGGCUGAAGAGCCUGAUGCAGAGGUCGAAGAGCAAGAGACAAAUAAAUCGGAACCGGAGGACGAUGAGGACGAGUUAGAUGACUUGCCCAGCAAGCGGCCACACUGGAAAGGGGUGAUCUCUCGCAAGGCCAGUCAGACCAGCGUUUACCUGCAGGAGUGGGAUAUUCCCUUUGAACAGAUUGAGCUGGGGGAACCCAUUGGCCAAGGACGAUGGGGGAAGGUUUACAGGGGGAAAUGGCAUGGAGAGGUGGCAAUCAGGCUGUUGGAGAUCGAUGGGAACAAUCAGGACCAUCUCAAGCUCUUUAAGAAGGAGGUGAUGAAUUACAGGCAGACCCGACAUGAGAACGUGGUGCUCUUCAUGGGGGCGUGCAUGCACCCCCCCCAUUUAGCCAUUAUUACCAGCUUUUGCAAAGGAAGGACGCUUCACUCAUUUGUAAGGGAUCCCAAGGUAUCUUUGGAUAUUAACAAAACCAGGCAGAUAGCUCAAGAAAUCCUUAAGGGCAUGGGGUAUCUUCAUGCAAAGGGGAUUGUGCAUAAAGAUUUGAAGUCCAAGAAUGUCUUCUAUGACAAUGGCAAAGUGGUGAUCACAGACUUUGGACUAUUCGGUAUUUCGGGUGUGGUUCAGGAGGGAAGGCGUGAAAAUGAACUGAAGCUGCCCCAUGACUGGCUGUGCUAUCUGGCCCCUGAAAUCGUUCGUGAGAUGUCUCCUGGGAAAGACGAAGACAAGCUGCCCUUCUCUAAAGCUGCAGACGUCUAUGCUUUCGGGACUGUUUGGUAUGAGCUCCAAGCAAGAGAAUGGCCUUUCAAGAGCCAGCCAGCUGAAGCACUCAUCUGGCAGAUCGGAAGCGGAGAAGGAGUGAAGCAUGUCCUUGCUACAGUUAGUGUAGGGAAAGAAGUCAGUGAAAUCCUCUCAGCAUGUUGGUCUUUCGACCUCAGUGAGAGACCCAGCUUUACUCUUCUCGUGGAUAUGCUUGAAAAACUGCCAAAACUGAACCGACGGCUGUCGCAUCCCGGACACUUCUGGAAAUCUGCAGAGUUGUAGCUACUGGUGCAAUAACUGGGUCUGCCUUGCAUGCUUCCAUGUGUUGUAUCCUAAUUGGCAACUUGGACAAUCAUCUCUCACUUAAAAACAAAACUACCAAUUUUUUUAACCUUUGGACAUAACCAACACUUUACGAAUUCCUCUCUCCUGUCUUUUCUCUUGGUGUGGGCUGUUAGCUUGAAUAACAACGCUUGUCUUCAAGAAAAAAUUGCUGUCAACUAACAACAUGGCCAUUUGUGUUCACUUCUGAAUCAUUUCAACAGGGCAGGCUGUAACUUCAUCCUUGAAAUGGUCUUGUCGUUACUGUCUAACUCCUCCUACUAGCAAGGCAUAAGCAACAGAAAUGGCACUCUGUGCUUGGAUUCUAUAGCUGCGGGUUGUUUUGUAGUUGCUAAAUGUUGUUGUUUUCGGUUGUGUGCAUUCUGCAAGUCUCAUCCAACAAAGAGUGGCACGGGACUCGAGCAGUUGUGAGUCCUUAGGUUACACCUCAAAUCGUUAUUGCUGUGGUGUGUAGCUCCUGAAUGGUAUGGUUUCACAGGCACAAAUUAUCAUCAGGAAGUAAUGCUGAAUGGGGUGACAGGUUUGUGUAAUUUUUGGUGGUGCCCAGAACAGGUCCAAGUCCUGCCCCCUGUCCCCUCACACCUGCCUUGUAAUCUGGUUUACAUUAUUUCAAAAAAUAUAUAAGUGGACUGGAAACUGUAAGCGUUUAACAGUUUCCCUAUAUUGCACAAUGUGGGGUGGGAGGAUGAGGGCUCUGGCUGAGGGUUAGGGGGCUGGGGAUGAGGGAUUCACACUGCAGGAGGGGGCUUGGGGCUGGGGCAGAGGGUUGGGGUGCAGGGGGUUGAGGGCUCUGGCUGGGGGUGCAGGCUCUGGGGUGGGGCAGGGCUGGGGAUGAGGCGUUUGGGGUGCAGGCGGGGCUGGGACCAGAGAGGAGGACUCCACAGUCCCCCUCUCACCUGCCGCCCUUUUCUCUCUUUUCCCCCCACCCCCAGCAGCACUCUCACCUGGCACCGGCACUGCACAUGCUCCGAAGGGCCAGGCCCCUCUCAGGUCCAGGAAGCCCUGGUUGAGGAGUUUAGUGACUGAGGCGUAGGUCCUCAAAGGGUAUUUAGGUUCCUCACUUCCACUGAAAUCAGUCAGUGAACACCUCGCUCUCCAGAGGAGAGAACUGGAAGGAGGUAGGUUUCCUUUCUCAAGGUGCAUCUACGCUAGAAACGCUUCUGCAGUACAGCUGCAGUUUCGAUGCUGUAGUGUAGACACUACAGUGAUGGAAGGGGUUCUUCCAUCACUGUAGUAAAGCCACCUUCUCUGAGAGGCAGGAUCUGCGUCGAUGGAAGAAUUCUGUUGUUUCACAGCCCUGAGCGAUACAGUGAAGCCGACCUAACUUUGUAGUAUAGAACAGCCCUCGGUUUCGGGACCAGUUGUAACUUUUUAAAAUUACUUGUGGCUUCUCCCUCCCCUUUACGCACCCACACAGGCCCAGGGACAAUCCAGCCAUUUGAAUUCUGUCAGGUUUCAGAGUAGCAGCCGUGUUAGUCUGUAUUCGCAAAAAGAAAAGGAGGACUUGUGGCACCUUAGAGACUAACCAAUUUAUUUGAGCAUAAGCUUACGUGAGCUACAGCUCACUGCAUCCGAUGAAGUGAGCUGUAGCUCAAGUAAGCUUAUGUGCAAAUAAAUUUGUUAGUCUCUAAGGUGCCACAAGUAUUCCUUGAAUUCUGUCAGUCACUUGGGCUUUGCUAAUUAGGGCCCCUAUUCAGCAAAGGGCUUUGCUUUAAGUUCCACUACUUCAAUUUAAGCAGGUGUUUAAGAGCUUUGCUGAAUCAAGCUUGAGCUCAGCAUAUUUUAAAUUUUUUUUUUUUUUUUUAAUUUUAGGGCUUUGUCUACAUGGGGACACUCGGGAUAAAUUUAUCAGAGUUAACUUUUCCAUUGGAAAGAGAGGAAUUCAGUGGCUGAUUUCAGUGAAAAUGAUUAAAGUGCAUUAAACUCCUGUGUAGACACUCUCUCGUUCAGGGUUAAACUGAAUUAAAGCUACUUUAAUUUUGAAUGAGUGUCCACACGGGGGUUUAGGCAGUUUAACAAAUCCACUUCAAAUUCACACCUCUAGUUAAUUCAAAUAAACUUUCCUGGGAGGCCACGUGUAGACAAGCCCUUACAGAUCCUGAGUUCUAACAAACGUUUUAGUCUGGCAGGCUAUGAAGCAAGAGCCACUAUCAGUUUGCACUAAUUUUCAGUGAAGACAAAUGAUCUCCAAUGAGUGUGUUUUCCGGAGAUGAAUGUCUCUGUACAUACAUGGUAUUACAUUUCCAGAUAGCCAGGUGCUUGUGUACAAUAUUGUACAAUAAAAGAAAGUACCCUUCAAUAGUUAACUCCUUUGUGGCACCUGCCUUUAAAUCAUCUGAGGAGAUGUCUUUUUGUAUAUUGAAUCCUUGAAGAUAGUGCUAACGGACCUUUAGUAAAUGUAGGAAGGUCUCUUUCCACUAACCCAUAUUACAGUCUGGAGAGAGAGAAAAGGAUGACCAUGUCAGAUUGAUCCUUUUCCUUGAUAGAAAUUGACCUUUCAAUAGUAGUUUUCCUCCUCCCACCUUAACAGUGGAUUCCCAGACUUUUAUUUCUUUUCUCCCUACCCCAGUUAAGAAUGAAUCUAGUUUCUUACCUUUGAUCAAUCUGGGCAGGGGAGAGAUCCAUUUUGGGAGAGGGAGAUUUUCAAAAGCACAAAGGACAGCUGGGUUCCAACACCCAUUUAAAGUCAGUGGGUGUCGGGCUUCCAGCACACAUUUUGGGCCUUUGAAAAUUCCCCACCUUGUGUGUGUUUGGUUUUUUUUUGUUUGGUUUUUUUUCCCUUCUGAAAUUUACUUCUUUUUGAAGCAGAAAAGAUUUGUGCUUGGGGCAACCUAUCCUGAAAAGCAUUGGGAGUAAGGACUUCAGCAUCAAGCCCUGUUAGCAAAGUUCAUUUUAAUUGCCGAUCACUUUACUUAAAUUUCUUUGUUGGACGACCUUGCAUUGUGCUGUACUGCAGAGCCUAACACACUUUAUUUCCUUUAUAGGACUCUUUAUAAGGGCUGUUUAUAGGGCUCUUUGUACAAUGAAUAAACAACAAAAAGGAAAAGAAAAUGCAUAACUUUUUUUUUCCCCUCCCUUCCCCACUCUUUUCAGCAUUAACAGUAGCAAAGUUGUCCUCCGUUUUGAAAGAUUUGGCUUGGGAAUCCUGGAAUCAAGUAAUCAAAAGAUAUAGCAUGGUGUGUAAUUAUCUUGUUGAUAUUGUUGUCUACCUGCUUACACAAAACAUCAGAAACCUUCACGGGAUCUUCCGAACUAUGAAACUGGUGCAGCCCUACCUGAAAGCCACAUGACCCCUCCGUUAAAACUGUCGUAUGUUGUUUCUGAUGUCUGAGUUCUGCCUAAGCACCAGCAAUUAUUUAAAAAAAUGUUUACAUCAUAUGUUUCUCUAUGUGAACUAUAUUUUUUUAACUGAUGAUGAUGAUAAUAAUAAAGGUGAUUUUAAGAUUUUUUUCUUUAAGUGCAAGCAUUCAAAUGGCACUGAAAAGAACUGCUCUCCCAGUUCUUUGUUGCAUCUGUGGAGUAACUAAGGGCUAAUUUCUGCACUGCAAAUCAUGCACAGUUUCCACUGAAGCUAAUAGAGGUUGCACAUGUGUCCGAGAACCGCUAGAUUUAAAUCACUAAUGCAGCCAAUUCAAGUGAGAAGGAAUGGAGUUAUGGCCCCAUUGUGUCUCCAUAAGGAAACUCCUAAAAGAACUUUAGAUUUUUAUUAUGUUGAAAGGAAAUGCAUGUAUUGUGUUAUGGUUUGGGCAAACUAAUAAACUCUUGAUUACUGAUCUUCUCUGGAAACUUUGUCCAAGCUUGGGCUGGUUCUGAUCUCAGUUACACUGGUGCAAAUCUGGAAUACCUCCACAGUGAUGUUAACUCAGAGUCCAGAUUUACACUGAGAUCAGAAUCCUGGCCUUUUGUCUUGACUAUUGAUUAGAGUGGAACCCUUUUCUAGCAUAGUUCAUUUAUUCAUAGAAUAGCAGAGGGUGGGAUUUCAAACAAACAAACAAAAACCCCUAAGGGGAGUGGGAGCAUCAUAAUCUCAUUGGCUUUCAGUGAGAACUGGGCACCUUAAUCCUUUUAAGGGUUUGUUUAAUCUCAUCUUUAACUUUUACAGAUUCACAGUAAUCAGAGUUGCCACCUGCAUACUGCAGCACUACUUAUUUGGGACUUAAAUUCUUCUCCAUUGUAAAUGGAGUUUCACUGUAAGCAGGUUCCACAGUAAUUGAAUAAUGGGUGCUAGGAUCCUGUCCAUGCCAGCUGCAUUUGAGACCAUAUAGUCCACAUUCAGGACCGGCUUCUGCUCUCGCUUACAGUGGUGUCCGUGGAGUUACACAGCUGUAAAAUGAGUGUAAAGGAAAUGAGAGCUGGAUUUGUACUAUUUACUAAAACUGUGCUGGUGGUGGGAAUACACAUGGCUAUAUAUAUAUAUAUCUCAUUGGAGUGGAUUCAGUUUAAAAAAAUUACCUACUUCCUACAGUGAGAUCCCAAAAAGAUCAAAUAAUUAUUCCCCCUAACUCCCCGCCCAGACUUCAGUGUUUCUACAGUACAGAAACUGCGUUAUGGUUUUAAUUGGCUUUGGCCCUUUAUUGGCACCACUGACAUUUUAACAAUGCAAAACAACAUGGCUUUUAGUGGAAAAGAGAAACUGUCUUCAAAGGACCCUCCUAGGUUAGGUAAAUAAGCAGUAACCGUAGAUGGCCUGAUUUUCAAAGUUGCUGAGCCCCUGCGGAGCCUGUUGACUUCCCUGGGAGCUACCUCUGAAAAUCAGGCCCAGGAUGCCUCGUGUCUCAGGGUGAACAGAAUGCUUCGUUUCCUGGUGUGCUCUUCCUGCAGAGUUCAGUUAUGCUGCUUUGCCCAAGUGAGACUUCUGAACAGCCUGUUUAGUUCAUCCUCCUUACUAAAUCCUCUGCAUAAGAACGAAAGAGAGUGACAUGAAAACAAACAGGAGAGAUUAUUUUAGAUAUGUCCUUAUACUACUCUCUAGAUCAAACCAGAACUUGAGGUCCCCCCCGCCAAUACGGUAGGCAGGUAUAUAUAUUACAGCCCAUGAAAAGAUGGGAGUUGCCUUACCAAGUGGGGGGACAGUGCUAACGAGGCCAAUUCAAUCAAGGUAGAAAUGGCCUAUUCCCAAAAGUUGACAAGAAGGGGUGAAUAGAUAUAUCUGCCUCCUGUAUUUUUCACUCCCUGCAUCUGAUGAAGUGGGUUUUAGCCCGCAAAAGCUUAUGCCCAAAUAAAUGUGUUAGUCUCUAAGGUACCACAAGGAUUCCUUGUUGUUUUUGCUUGAUACAAAUUUACACAGCUACCCCUCUGAAACCUGUCCCCAAACUAGAACAAUUUCUGCUGACACAGCAUUGAGUUCUGGAAACACCUCCCCCCAUCGCUCUUUCCACCCGCUAACCACAUGGUAUCACUUUUAGCGUGAAACUUCUUUCUAGUGGGGGUGGCAAAAGAACUCUUUAAAAGCUUCAUUUCUCUUUUGAAACUGUAAGCUUAUUGUGCAAAAGUUGCAAGGAGAAUUUUAGCUGCCUUGCCUUAUUCAUCACCAGUGACUAUGCUGGGAUGCAGGACUUGAUUGUCAUGCUUUUAUUCUGAAAAGAAAUCAGGCUUGAAGCAUUUAUGUUUGGUGUAAAAACUAAGGCUGACAGGGAUCUUACAGUGAGGAAGGAAGUCCCAUCUUGGGCCAUCUGACUUGAGCCAUGUCUCAUGUUUUGUCUUGUGUGUUAAAGGUUGAUUUUUGAGGUAAAAACUCGGCACUUUUUGCAUAGAAACAAAGGGGCCACGUUCUGGUUAGUGCAAGUGACUAGUGGAAUCAUCCCACCCAAAUGCACAUGCAUAUGAGCUACAAAGGCCAUGUUAAUGUGCAGCUGUAUGCUGGCUUUAGGCAGCCUUGCAUGUACAAUACCCUGGGCUGCCCCCCCAUUCAAGGGGCUGUGCGCAGGUGCCAUUGCCAAAUUGGGAGUCACGUGCAUAGAAACAUUGUAAGCCAGGCCCCCUGGAAUGCCUCUCCAUGCCUCCUAAUAAGACUGUGUUUUUACGUAGUGCAGAUCUCAAAGCACAAAGAUGAGUAAGAUCUGUUCUCAUUUUAUAGGUGGGGAAACAGAGGGCUUGUGGAGCAGCCACUCUGGGGCUGCAUCCUAACUAGGAGAAAAGGUAUGUUCUGAUCCUGAGUUAACUAACUACAGGUAAAAUCCUAGUGAAUAGCAGACAGUUAGUUGUUUUUUUUCCACAAGCUAUCAGGUCAAGUUAGACUGUUUUUUAACUCCACCCGCUAACUUGUACAAAAACUGCAAAUUGUGUUGUCUUCUCUAGGUUUUUACCUCUAGAUAAAUAAUGCACAUCUACCACCUCGCUUUGUGAAGACCAGGCCCAUGCAUCUUCCAGCCUCCCAGAAUGGGAAUUAUGGCCAAGAUCCUCCCAGGUAUUUAGGUGCCUAAUUCCUAUUGGCUUCAGUGGGUGAUAAGUGCUGAAAUACCUGGCACAAUCUGGGCCUAUGAUCCCAUUUCUGGCUGAAGGUUUUCCAGGAGGCUUCUCUGUGCUGUCUCUGCCAGAAUUAAAUAUUCAGGCCAGAUCCUGCAAACAGAAGUUAGUCUGGACUCUUCAGGCUGUGGGGAGCCCCCCUGAAGCCAUGAGUGGAGUGCAAGGGUCUGCAAACAGUACAUCAGUUUGAAGGCUCUGGACCUUAAUUUUUAAUAUCAGUAAUUCCCUUUUCUGUUGUACUCUUGCCUUUUAAAAUUUCUGUCUAGCGUUAUUACAGCAGACCGCUUUUCUGAGUUAAUAUGGUAAGAUGCUUCCUCAUUUGCCUUGGGCAUCAGAUUUAGAUUUAAAUAUUUUGUUGCUAAAAAUAAUGAGGGUGCCCAGCCUUUCAGAAAGGGGCAGUGGAAGCAGAGGAACUCUAGGGGUAGAGAUGUACCGGGUGGAAACAAUGCCAAGUGUAGGAAAAGAGACUGGCACUGUGCGUUUUUAAGUGUAUACAUAAAAUACCUGUGCUCCCAGGUAACACUAAGCAAGUGGGCAAAUGCGUUAGCUAAAAUAAAGGUCUUGUUCUGCUGGAUGGUGUAGCAGAUAGAUGCAGAUACAAUGGUUUUGUCCAAUCAGGCACUCCCCUCCAUCCCAUUAUAUAUAUAUAAUAAUCAGGUGUGAUAUCACAUGUACAUUCCAGCUGCAGCAAACUGGGAGAGAGCUGCUGGUACUGGUCCAUGACUUCUGCUAUAAAACUGUCUGGUGUUGGCACUUAAGGGAAAUACAAUCCCCUGGGGAAAAAUCCUAGUCCCACUGAAGUACAGGUGGUUUGCUAGUGACUUCAGUGGGGCUAGGAUUAGACACUUAAAUUAAAACAAAUAUUUGUGGCAGUUCUAUUUCAGACAUUUCCCCCAUCCCCAUGCACAUGACGGCAUGCAGACAAAAUGGGGCCGUGGAAGUGCUUUGAAAUUUUAGUUCAUGUUUUCAAAUUCAGGGGUGGGGGUCGCAGCUGAUUUCUUUAGGACAUGCAAAAUGACAGCCAUGCUUCUAGAGGCCACUUAUGAAAAUCUGGCCCCCAAUUUUUUCACAGAGCGAACAAGAUGGAAGAAAGGAUUCCUAACUUCCAUGUUCCAGACAAUGUCAUAACAAGUAGAUGCUAAGUCAACACAGGCUCAGUCUCUUACAAAUACUGGGUUCAAAUGUUUAUAAUGUGUGUGUCGAAUGUAAAGCUGGUUUGUGUGGUAGUUACUGAUCCCACCGUAGCUUUAUUUAAUUAAAUGAAUAAAACCCCUUGAGUGUAACUGUAUUUGUAGCAAGCUAUAUACACCAUAUGGUUUUGCUAAUGAAAAAAAUACUAAUAUUUGCUCGUCUCUCCAAAGCUGAAGACUGAAUUGUGCCCUCAGUAAUAAGCAGAAUUCAGUUUCAUUUGAAGAUUUUGCUUAAAUAUUGAUGGCACAAUAUGUGCCUAAAUGAAGGGGGAAAUUAGUCUUCAGCAUGUCUCUAAAAACAGAUGUUAAGACUUAUUAGACAAAACCUCCAUUAGCUUCAGAAAGUGUUUUUUGGCUAAGUAAAGAUCUUGUGAUUCAAAAUUGUUCCAUUGUAUACUUUUAGUCCUUGAGUUCUGAAUUAUUAGUCCUUCAUGUAACUGAAGAACUUGACUCUGGUUUGAAUAUGUGGCACUGGAAACAGCCUUGAUGUACUCAUAGCAAUUAGUUUCUGCAAGUUGUGUGAGUAAAACAGGACCCUACAGCAGGGGGUCCCAAACCUUUGGUGAGGCACAUCUUGGUAAGGUGAUGGUCUUCAAUGCUCAUCCCCUCCUAUUUCCCAUAUCAUAAACCACUGACGUCUUACAGUUGUGUUAACCAUUCUCCCUCCUAUUCAUUAGCAGCUAGCCUUCCUGCGGCAACAUGCAAAAGUAAUGGGAAAGUGAUGCAUUCUUAACUGUCCUUUAAUAAAAUUAUCAGCUAGGAGAGCCAGCACCAUCUGACUAGCCAGUUCUCUGUCUAGUACAGUUUGAGAUCCACUACCCAAAAGUUAUUUGCACAUUUUAGAAAUAUUAUUCACAGAAACACAGGGCUGUGUUGCCCAUCCCUUUUUAGUAGAACUCCCAGACACAUUUCAAUGGGAAUGGCACAAUAGUCCCAAUAUAGAGGGCUCUUUAUAUCCCAACACAGGUUAGGGACAGAUUCUGAUACCCUUACCCACAUCGAGUGGCACUUUACUGUGCAUAUGCUAUGUUGAGAACUGCUCGGUGGUCCUGAUCUUCAGCAGGCGUGUGUGACGCUGAUUUAUGCUAGUUGAAGACCUGGUCUGAUGUGAGUUAAGGUAUUAGAAUCCUGCACUUGUUCUCUUAACGAUCUAAUAUCUUGGAUCUAACAUUGUUUUUUUAUUUUAAAGAAGAGCUUAUAAGAGCCUGGGCUGUGAAUGGUGUCUUUGGGUCUGAUUGCUGGUGAAAAUGGGCAGUAACUCAACUGAUGUGAAAUGGUGUGAAAAGCACCAGGCUCAUUUAUUCCUUAACACGUGUUGCUAACUGAACUGGGUCUUUAUGCUGCAUUGUUUUAUGAUAGUUUGUACUAUGUCUUCUUGUGGUGAUGUUAUGUAAGGGAAUGACCAGCACUGUAAGCCUGUAUCGUUUUAGCCUUGUAAAUGUGAAGCUUGCUGUACAAGACUGCUACAAUAGCCACGACUUCCGUAGCGUAUGUAAAUGGAGUCUGUAAUACGGUGAAAAUUGACAUUUUCUUUUCAAAUGUGAUGUAAACUUUGUACAGUAAAUUUUUUUUAUAUUUUCUAUCAACUGAGUUUGUCUUCCAGAAUUGCUAUUAAUUUAAUUAAAAUUGUUAGUAUUAACAAAGGGUUAGUUUAUGCAACUGGCAAAAAAAAAAAAUUGCACUCUACGCUAAUGAAAUUCUGGAUAUUUAGGAUUCUUUUCUGUGAAUAAAUCUCUGCUCUGGAUAAAACAAAA